AUGACAAUCCAUGCCACUUUCGACGCCCUCCCUUGCACGCUCCAUCCCGGCGCGAACGACGCUGACCACACGGAAAACCAAGGAAGUGGAAAGAGGCCGUUUCUGUUGGGCUUUUCAGCAGAACUCCUCUUUGGCGAUGAGUUCACCACUAAGACCAAAGGUGGCUUCGUCGUGUACUACGUCUCGCCCGGUAAAGGCGGCAGGAAGUCGCAGUCGUGCUUCCGCUGCUGCAACGGCCCAGACUUUGGAGGCGACAACCUCACCCCUUGUGCCAACCCUAACCUCGACACCGAGGAGCUGCCCAACAAGCCAUGCUACGGCAUCCGGUCCAACAUACUGUAUCCGACGUAUGCAUCAUUCCAUUUCCCGUUCCUCAUCUCUCUCUCUCUCUCUCUCUCUCUCCAACGAUAA